AAUAUUUUGCCUGAGAGGACUGAUUUAAAAAUAUGAAAAACUGAACACGGGGAAAAACAACCAAAUCAAAUUGAUGUGCGACCCAGGGCAAAGAUUUUGUUCCACUGGCUCAGUCUCGCGUCUAUUGUUCAGAAGAAGAGUCACCAGCUCGCUUGCCAGCAGUUUCCCCGUGUGAAGUGAUAUUAAUUUCUAGAAUCCAGUGGCUAGUGGGGGGAAAAAAUUAGAACUCUUUCCUUGCCUCGCUUCUUAUCAUCCUCUUAUCGAGCGAAUGGCUCUCGACGAACCCAAACUGGCACCCGAAGGGGACGAGCAGCAGCAGCAACGGGACCACCACCCGUGGGCCAUAAGAAUUGGCAAGAAACGUGACGAUGCUCCCGACUAUUACAAGCAGCCCAAGUUCAAACGAAACAUAAUUCCCUUCGACACGGAGGAUUUAUCGGUGCGGGUUAUCCGCGAACGCUUUCUUAUUCCGGACCAGGUCAGAGAGUACAGUCCGGCGGAGAAGGCGGGUCUGAAGCUGGGCGAUGAGAUUGUCAAGAUCAACGGUGCGGAUGCGUCCGCGAUGCGACUAGCUACGGCCGAAUCCGUCAUCAAGCAGGCCGGCGAACAGUUGCACCUGAUAGUGGCCAAGGGCGAUGAAGAUGCAGUGAAGAACCCCGACAAAACGAAGGAAACCCGCGAGAUCAAGUUCGCAGUAUAUUUCCCGGAACAUGCCAGCGAGGUUCGAUCUCGCUCGUCGACUUACAGCCCAACGUUUUCCCCGCAACCAAGACGCUCGCCAUCCUGUGAGUCCUGCGAAUACACCAACGCCGCAGUCGUCGAGGAGCAGUUGCGUCAGAUGCAAAAACAACUCAACGAGAUUAGCAUCAUCCCGAUGCAGAUCCAGGCGACGCUGAGCUAUUUGACGAAAGCUUUGGCGAAAUAUGCCCCACCCGAGGUGCAGCGAGAGCUACCCAGGUCGCUCAGGAGCAGCUCCGUCCGAGAGACUAUUCCAGAGGAAGUCGAAGAACCGGAAAUGGAUAUCCCUGAGGAGUCGGAUCAGGAAGAUCUAGCCGAAUGUUUGGAAAUGCUUUACGACGAAUCCGAAGUCUUGGAUGUGAUUCCUCCGAGAUGUUUGGAGUACGAAUAUCAAUCGGAAGAGAACGAGGAGAUGGAACAAGAAACGGAAACUAGCGAAGAAGAACGCCUCAAGCAGGAGAAGCAGGAACGGGUUAGCAAGCUGGAACGCGCAUGGCCCUGGAGUCAGACCGCCAAGCCAAUUCACAAGCGAUCGAAUUGUCACUUGGUUCCGAGCAUGGCCCUUGAGAAGUCUAAAAUUAAACAGUUUAUGGAGAGUGAACUUAUGUUUUACAAUCGAGGAUAUCGUCAAAGGAUUGGAAAUUGAGCUCCCCGCGUAUAUCGAAUAUGAGAAAUUAAGCAAAUCCAAGAUACAUUCGAGCCUGAAAUCGUUGAUUUGCAUAGUGUUCUUCUUAUCCAUCGAACGGUUUCUCAUUGAACUUCAUUCAUUUUUUCUACUAUGAAAUAUAUCUUUUUUGUCACCAAAAA